AGUAGCAAGUACUCCGACACCCGACUCAUCACAGCGUUCUCAUCGACCUUAUAUACCGACGGGAUAUGUCACACAGCGUCCAUGAUAUAACCCCAACGACGAGCUUAGACAGCGUCAACCUCGAGCACGAGGAAUGUUUCCAAAGACGUUUGCGUCAUAUAAGUUCCAUCCAAGUUCGCAAUCUAACACCUUUUCCUGUCCGAGAUGCAUUUGCUUCUGCUCUCGCUCGCCCAGCUGAGCACUCCCAAUUCACGCCUCUGGGAAACCUCUCUGACGACCUUGAUAUAACGCUUUCACGAAAACGCUCACGCCGGAUCUCCACAAACUCUGUCAAUACCCUUCAAAGUGCUCGCGUAGAUGAUCAUGCUCCAAUAUUGGACAAUGGUGAUGGGAGAGGUCGUCGGAGAACCCACUCUAAAGUAAGUUUCUCAGGAGGAGGGAGCGCAGAGCCCACGCAAAGGAGCAACGCCAUCUCCCGCACCAUUUCAACCAGUACUACCACACCUACGAUAAAACCAAGUAAUCGGACGCGCACCAAUUCCAUGGUCUCGUCCAUGAGCGUAUCUACGGCUAAUAUUAAUGUGCACUCCUCGACCUCGAAUACGCAGGCGCCUUCGACCUUGUCUACCGUUUUAUCUUCUUCGUUAUUCUUCGAUUACUCGCAGAGGACCUUGGAGAAAGUCAUUCAAUCCCGCCUCGUGGAGACUUUCAUUUCAAUCACUGUUCCAGACACUCCGGAUGUUUUUCCGCUCCCGUCUUCAUUACCCAACACACAACGAACUCGUGCUGAAAGUGCUCCACGCGCACGUUCUUUCACCUCCAAUGACUUUGUUGUUCCCAAUUCGGUGGCAAGUGUGCGCAAAGCUUCGAAAACAUCACGUCCGAACAGCGCGGAGUCCUCCAAGGCUGCACCCUUAUUCCGACCGGAACCUUCCUCAAUUCGCUCUUCCACCACCCUCAGAAAAGGUACACCGCCAGUCAGGACAACAGGAGCGUCCCUUACGACACGAGUCGUCCCUAAAACACAUAAGUCCUCGACUUCUGUCCCACGCAACUUCACAGCGAGCCAGCUACCAUCACCUCCAGCUUCCCCAGCAUCUCCAGAACCACCUCUGCUUCACACCGUGCCGAACUAUAUAUCACCUAUCCACCAGCCCUCGACGAACCCUUCUUUCGUGAUUGAUGCACGUUCAGAAUUCGAGUUUGCACCUUGGACAGAUUUAGGUGCCGAUACGGUGAAGAUUGAAUUAUGGGCGAAGACUUGUCGGCAUCUUACUAGUAGAGCCGGAGCUUCACUCGAGAGCAAAGGAAAACAAAAGGAGAUGUUGGUGACUGAUCCUACUAGAGAAGGACCCGAGUGGACCGUCCUAGAGCAAUGGAAUGUCACCCUUGCAGACCUUGUCCCAUUGAAGCCUGAGCUCGAGGCCCAUCCGUCACGCCUCCCGUCCAAUACCCUUUUCAUAUCAUUCUCCACUCGUGCAGAAACAUUCUAUUUGCCAACUCGUUCAGUUUCAGGAGUCCAUUCGCAUUCACGCUCUCCUUCUCCGACUGCGUACAACUCUGAACCAGAGACAGGAAUUCGGAAGUUCGGACACUCCGCCAACCCGACUACACCAGCACAUUUUCAUCUCACCCAGACGCCUUCUGAACAGCCCAACAAAUCGCGCAGAUCACGCAAGACAAAUACCAGAACCGCAAGUUCGCAAGAUUUACUUCAGCUCGUCACGCUUCAGUCAUGUAUCAUCGACCACGAGGAGUCGCUUGCGGACGUAAUCCGGCAAAUAGAUACAACAUUGGACAAUGAUGUUGUCGCGAUAUUGAACCGGGAGGCUUCGGAACGUGAAGCGCGUAUCGAAGAUCGACAAUCUGAAGCGAAAGAGAUCUUGGAACGGGCAUGUCUGUUACGCGGAGAUAUUGCUUCUCGCCGAAAGAGGCUAAAACAUCGGAGAGACAUACUUGCGACUGCUGGGUCAAUGUAUGCUGAAGACCAGGCCAACCUCCGGCAGACUGCCGUGGAGGUUGCUGAGCAGAAGCGGUGUCUUGAUGUCCUUCGGGCGCGUCUUGCGGUUAUACGAACGUCCUUGAUCUCAACGCUGUCAUGGUUAUAUCCUAUUGAACUGUUUUCUUCCUCAGAGCUACUCUUUACGAUCCUUACCGUUCCGUUGCCUAUUCCGUUCAACACUACAGAGCCUGCCCCACCAUUGUCACUGGCCUCCCACAAGGAAGUGACUGAAGAUGCAGUGGCCACCGCGCUAGGUUUUGCUGCACAGCUAGUACAGCUCCUUGCCAUAUAUAUGGGCAAAGGCCUGACGUAUCCUAUCACCUGCAUAGGGAGUCGGAGUCUGAUUAGAGAUGACAUCUCGGCCAUGAUUGGUCCAAGAAUGUUUCCUCUAUUCUCAAAGGGCGUUGACACAUAUCGAUUCGAGUAUGGUGUGUUCCUGCUUAACAAGGAUAUCGAAAUGCUCAUGGCAGAUCGCGAUUUACGAGCGCUGGAUAUGCGACACACGCUACCUAACUUGAAAAACUUGCUCCUGACACUUACUGACGGUGAAUGUGCUAGUGUUCACAACUCUCGAGUUUUCGAUUCGCCAGCUUCUUCUGGCCUUGUAACACCCCUACGGGCACACUCGCUACCUCCUACCCUGGUGCUUACGCCAGACAGUCCAAAAGCUAACCAUUGUUCGAGCGAGUUGCCUGCAGAUGUAGAGGCCGAGAACACUACACCAACCGAGAGCGGCUCGACUACGCCUACGGCAACUACACCAUUUACUGAGGGUACUAGUACGUUUUCUCGGUAUUCGAAACUGUCAAUUGGCUUCCCGCCCCUGCCGGGAUUUUUACGUUCGCGACACGCUUCUGCUGUCGGUCGGGUGUCGGUGAAAUUGGACCCUGAGACCGGCUGGGAGGCGGAAGAUGGGGUCCAGGGUGCUACAUCAGGGUUGCCGGCCCCGAAUUUGAGGAUUGGGGAGGAUGAGGAUCGAGGGACUAUUCGGGGUGUUGUGGUAGAUUGCGAAGAGGGUAAGCCAGGGGAAGUGAAGGUUGGUGAAGGGGCAAAGGAGCCGAUGGAGAAAACUGUGGAAGGUGCUUCUGCUGUUGUCAAUGGGCCUUGCACUGUUGAUUCGCGGGCUUUAUGAUUGGACCUUACGGAUAUGCUGCGACGUGUUAUAUAAAUUGCGACAGCAUCUUAAUGAAGGCGAGCAAUGGGCUGAUUUCGUUUUGUUAAGCGCGCUGUUUUCAAAAGUUUGACA